AUGGCAGACAAAGACCCCUCACCGGCCGAAGACGCUGCUGCCCGCGCCGCCGAGCUCGAAGCGCAGGCCGCCCUGCCGUACAAGUGGACGCAGACCAUUGGCGAGCUCGACAUCAACUUCACCGUUCCCGGCAACCUGAAGUCGCGCGAUCUCGUGGUGGAAAUCAAGAAGCUCAAGCUCACUGCCGGCAUCAAGGGCCAAGAGCCCAUCAUCAACGUGCGUGCCCCGCUAACUGCACCGCCGAUGACGCCUGAAGCUAACUAUCAACAGGGCGACCUCCCCCAUGCCAUCCUCGUAGAUGACUCGACCUGGACACUGUCCACCAACGCGGACGGGACCAAGACGGCCGAGAUUCACCUCGACAAGGUCAACAAGAUGGAGUGGUGGGCACACAUCGUGACGGACGCCCCCAUGAUUGACGUGACUAAGAUCCAGCCGGAAAACUCCAAGCUGUCGGAGCUCGACGGCCAGACGCGCGGCAUGGUCGAAAAGAUGAUGUUUGAUCAGCGUCAAAAGGAGCAGGGCCUGCCCUCGUCGGACGAGCAGAAAAAGGCGGACAUUCUCAAGAAGUUCCAAGCGCAGCACCCCGAAAUGGACUUUAGCAAGGCCAAAUUCAGCUAG